GCGUCACCCAUGAAGCGGCGAAGCAGAUGCGCGUCAUCCUCUUUGCAAGUCUUGAAAUACUUGUGAAGCGUGUAGCUUGCUCCUCCUGAUCCCGCCAUCUCCCGAAAUUUGCCCGAUGUCCACUCGGAGUCGAGCAGCUCAUUUGCAAUCCUCGCCGAAAUCAUACCACCCCGUCCUACGUUACCAAUUCUGCAGGAUCUACGAGAACAAUUCAUCUGCUUCAGUCUCUCGUCGUGGCACUGAUCUGCCUUGCUUGAAUCCGUUGGGAAGGUCGAUGUGGGCAUGUAAUGGGUAGCGGUUGCUGACUCGUAGGAAACGGUCUGGCGAGCGGUGUGGUGUGGUUGCAUUCACGAUUCAAGAUUGCGAUUGCGAUUGCUUGCAUUGUCUGCGCACAGGAGAGUGCUCAUCACGUGGACCUUUUAUGAGGCACGCUUAAAUCGCAAAGGGGCGGUGGUAUAUAGUCACGAGUGCCUUUGGUCAGCUGUG